AUGAACACCGUACUGUCAAUUACGGUGGUAAUAGUUGCUUUGCUCUGUGCAUACUCUACACAGGUAAGAAGCAGUGACAGCCUCAGUGACGAUAAACAUGGUACCGAAGCGCGCGGAGACAUCCGAGAAACCGAAUCGACCCAAGGUAAAUUGGAUGCGUCGGUGCAGUUUGAAAAUACAAAACCAAAGAUUGAGGUUAUUGAGCAUGUAACCGAGCAGCUUAAGGAAUCAACCAUAACAUCUGGCGCUUCUAAGCAAGAAUCCGGGUACAGGCUAACCUUUCCCACUGGGCGCUACCAAAAGUGGUCUAACUGGUCCAAAUGUGAUCCCAUUGAAUGUGUCGAGAGUCGACGCCGUGAAUGUGUUGACGAAUCUUGGAUGCAGUCUGACGUCAAUAGAUCAGGUGCAAGACGCUGCCCUAGUAGAUAUUACGAGGAGACGCGCGAUUGUAAAAACAAGACAACUUGUGUAACAUAUGGGAUGCUUGAAAACUGUGGAGUCCAAACCAACAAAGAAGACAUUGCCUUUGACCCUAAUGGAGCCGAAAGAACAACACCGAAUUCGUGGCCAUGGCUGGUUCGGGUGAUCACAAUCGAUCCUGAAGGAAAGGAAGAAUAUUUUUGCAGUGGAACCCUGAUUUCCAAAAAAUUGAUCGUCAUCGCGGCUCACUGUUUUAUAGAUAACGGCUUGCUUGUUAAUACAGGACUGCCAACUAAUGCAGUGCUAUCCAAGAACAGAACCCUUUUCGCUUAUUUGGGCAAUCAUCGCAGCAGCGCGGAUCAUGGAACUGCUGAGAAAUACCUGAUUGAAACAAUGUUCGUUAAUACCUACUAUGAUUCUUUUAAAAUAUCUAAAGGACAUGACAUGGCUUUACUGCAAUUAGCGAAACCUGCAGCUUUGA